UCCUUGCUCAUGUGGAUAAAAGCUUUGGGCCUCGUUGGAGUCAGGGCACCUGAGUGCAGAGAAAGCCACAGUCCAUAAUAGGGACAGGGGGUCCUCUGUAAACAGGUUACAGGUGCAGCCUGGAGCCGUGAAGUCUGCUACCUUUGAUCUGCUCUUGCUUCUGGACCUCUGGUCUUGGCACUCACUGUCUUCUUAGAAGUCUGGGUCUAGGCCUGAAUGGGAUUCAUAGGUACAGCUGCUUCUGCUUGAAGCUGUUCUGACUUGGGGUCAAGCUGUGGCUCGGGACUGACUCAGGUGCCCUCGUGGAGUCUGUCUGCACGUAAAUAUCUCCGCUCUUCGGCAGUUCUGACACACCACCAGCAUAAUGAGUAGAGGGCUUUCUGUAGCAGUACCUAUUGUGGGGAAUAUUCAGGAUAACAAUCAUCUGGUGUGGUUCCUUCAAGGCCAGACCCUCCUAUCAGUCCCAGGGAAGCACGAUAAGGUUCCAGUCACUGUCGCCAUAGUCCCAUGCAAAUGUCCGGAGACUCUUGAGAAAGACAGAGGGAAUCCCAUCUACCUGGGAGUGAAGGAGCCCGAGUUCUGCCUGUUCUGCACAAAGGUCGGGGAUCAGCCCGCGCUGGAGCUCAAGAAGCAGAACAUAAUGGAGCUGUACAACCGACCGGAGCCCGUGAAGCCCUUCCUCUUCUACCACAACCAGACUGGCAGGACCUCCACCUUCGAGUCCGUGGCCUUCCCUGGCUGGUUCAUCGCCGCCUGUGCCACAGGAGACUGUCCUCUCAUUCUUACCCAAGAACUGGGGAAAGCCUAUAUCACUGACUUUGAGUUCACUACACUGGCUUAAGGUCAGUUUGGGGUUGCAGAUGGCUCUCCAUGCAGAGAAUCUUGCCUUGGUUUCCUCCAUUUUAGCUUUUAAGGUGCUUCUGAGAUGAACGUUAUCAUACUGACCCAUUCAACAAGGGGGAGCAGAAUUGUCACAAUUAUGUCCGAUUUUCAGAAGUAGAAAUCAGGUUAAAUGGAGAGUAAGCAGUCAAAUUUUAGGCUAGACUAAGAAGGAAGCGUCUGUGGUUGGGCUUUUCACACAAGGGUAUCUUGCUGUACCCCAAAAUAUUCAUGCAGUCACCUAAGCGUUGGGCGAGGCUAUAUGCCCUCUCCCAGGGGCCACGUGGAAAAUAGUCCAGGGAUACUGAGGGUCUUUGCCAAGGCCACAUAGCAAAAAUAAGGCACAAUUACAAAAAUAAUAAAGAAAACUCUGCUUCACACACUUGCUAAUACGACUUCAAAUAAGAAAUGAGGGGGAUUCUUCCAUUUGUAGUCCAGGUCUCCGGAUUUUCAGAUGUGUUGUUCUGUGGCGUUGGAUCAAGACCUUCUGGAUCUGCACAGGAAGAGGCAGACAUAGACGUUCCAUCAAAAAGAAGAGACUCAGAAGAGAAAGCCGAGCCCCUCCUGGGCUUGGUUUAUGUCUCCGUGAAGUUAUUUAUUCUGCUGGGUUGAAUAAGAACUAGUGUUGUUUAUGAAACUUUCACCUAAAGGGUUACCACUGGAUCUCAGAAAGAGUUAAAUUUGUGAAAUAAAAGUUUUUUCCUUUCA